AUGAGAGAGCAUAAGCCGUCCAGCAAGUCCGUAGAGAGUGCUGGCAACAGCAUGACGACAGCAGGGGAGCCAAAUCCAAAUCCGGAGCAAGCACGUGUUACAAAGGAAACAGUCACCCUUUCCCUGAUGGAGGAGGUCCAGGGCCAGCAGCCCGCCACCUGGCAGCUGGCUCCACCCCCAGAGCUCUUCACUGCACUACACAUCCCUGCCGGGCACUCUGUCCGCCAGAUUAAAAUCCUAGGAGUUCUCGUUUUCUUUAGUCCUUACCACAGUCCCAUGAGGAUGUACUGUGCAUAUGUCCUAUUUUAA